GGGACAGAUCAAGGGGACGGACUACUUCCGGGAGGCCACGCCUUCUACUUCCGGGGCAGCCCAGCCAGCCGCCCAGCGUUUUCUUCUCUUCUUGGCCCGAUCUGGCGUGCCACGAUGGGGAUCCUGGAGAAGAUCGCGGAAAUCGAGAAGGAGAUCGCCCGGACCCAGAAGAACAAAGCUACUGAGUACCACCUUGGCCUGCUGAAGGCAAAACUUGCAAAGUACAGAGCUCAGCUGCUCGAGCCUUCCAAGUCGGCCGCGGCGAAAGGCGAAGGGUUUGAUGUGAUGAAAUCUGGAGAUGCCCGGGUAGCUCUGAUUGGUUUCCCCUCAGUGGGUAAGUCCACAUUUCUUAGUUUAAUGACUUCCACAGCCAGUGAGGCUGCUUCCUAUGAAUUCACCACGUUGACAUGUAUUCCCGGAGUCAUAGAGUACAAAGGAGCCAACAUCCAGCUUCUAGAUCUGCCUGGGAUAAUUGAAGGCGCUGCUCAAGGGAAAGGGCGAGGGCGUCAAGUCAUUGCUGUGGCCCGGACCUCUGAUGUGGUCAUUAUGAUGUUGGAUGCCACAAAGGGCGAAGUGCAGAGGGCUCUCUUAGAAAAGGAACUGGAAUCAGUUGGCAUCCGGCUGAACAAAAAUAAACCCAACAUCUACUUCAAGCCAAAGAAGGGAGGCGGCAUCUCCUUCAACUCCACAGUGAUGCUGACCCAGUGCUCCGAGAAGCUGGUGCAACUCAUCCUCCACGAAUACAAAAUCUUCAAUGCAGAGGUUCUGUUCAGGGAAGACUGCUCUCCAGAUGAGUUCAUUGAUGUGAUUGUUGGCAACCGGGUCUACAUGCCCUGCCUUUAUGUAUAUAACAAAAUCGAUCAGAUCUCCAUGGAGGAAGUGGACCGCCUGGCCCGGAAAGCCCACAGUGUGGUGAUCAGCUGUGGCAUGAAGCUGAACUUGGACUACCUGUUGGAGAUGCUGUGGGAAUACCUGGCCCUUACCUGUAUCUUCACCAAGAAAAGAGGCCAAAGACCAGACUUCUCCGACGCCAUAAUUCUACGGAAAGGGGCCUCUGUAGAACAUGUGUGCCACCGAAUUCACCGGACGUUAGCCAGCCAAUUCAAGUACGCAUUGGUCUGGGGAACCAGCACCAAGUACAGCCCUCAACGCGUAGGGCUCAACCACAUGAUGGAGCACGAAGACGUCAUCCAAGUGGUCAAGAAGUAACCCUGCCAACGCCGCUGGUCCACCGGUGCCUCGCCCUGCCCUCCCUGCUCUGUAGAGUUCCAAGAGGACUUCAUGGUAAAUUGUGUGAAAGCCGAAAAACUGGGGGAGCCAACUCCAUGUUGGCUUCUGUAAAGCUUGCACGGAGAGUAGGCCCCACUGGACAUGCUGGCAGCGUGAGGUGAGGAGACGGAGGUAUGUGGGACCUUGGACUGUUUGUGACUUAGUGGCCACCAGGUCCUGGCUGUCCAGGAAAGUAAGCUUGGAUGGGUGACUCAAUGCCCAAAGACCUCCUUUCCAUGCUAGUUCGCCUCCAACUGGAACAAAAUGGCCUCUCUUUUCCAGUUCCAAAACCAGCACUCCCCUCUCUCCAUGUGGACAGGACACCAUCAAAAGCAAUUGCGUGGCACCUGAGGGCUUGUUCACAGGAUGAUUCCCUCUGUCACAUUCAUCAAGUAACCUGUGGGGGCUCCUUUCUAUCCAUGGCCUGGCUGAGAGGUUGUGUUAAUAACUUUGGCAGGCCGGGGAACAGGAGAAAAGAGGCUGCCUCUCUUCCCCCCCCAUGUGCUGCACAUUUUGCAAGAGAGCAAUGGAGACACGCCCCUGAGGAAACCGCACAUCUUCCAGGCAGGCCGAUGUCCUUGCUUUAUCCCUGAAUGUUACUCUUUGGUCUCCAGACCCAUCGCAAGCCACGCAUUAUCUGAUCUGAAAUAAAGAAUGGUUCUUUUUUCUCUUUGGAACUCUCAAA